AUGGAGCUGCGUCGUGGCCUCGGCUGGGGGAGGCUGCAUCGGUGUACAGAGAGAAUCUCCAGUGUGACGCUAGUAGCCAGUCAGACUGAGCUGGUGGAGUUCAACAGCUCUGUCACUCUCACAUGCUCCGUCUCUGGCUCCUCCCCCUCAUUCCAAUGGUUUAACAGGAGUGAUGAGGUCACAGGAGUUCUGGUUGACAAGGGGACUCUGAUGAUAGUGAGUGUGACUCGCUAUGAUACUGGGCCAUACAAGUGCAAUACAUCCAACAUUGUCAACUCUGAAAUGAGCCCUGGGGUCUCUUUGACCAUUGCCUAUGGUCCAGACAAUGUUAUAAUGGUAGUGACACCUCCAGCAGAGUUCUACAGUUCAGGUUCUGACAUCGUCCUGUCCUGCUCCUCUGAGUCCAGCCCUGCUGCCCAGUUCCAGUGGGCUCUGAAUGGAACCCUGCUGGGUAGAGAGGGACCAGAACUCAGACUGGAGAAUGUUCAGCCCAGUCAGAGUGGAAAAUACACCUGCUGGGCCCAUAAUAGGAAAACCCAGAGGUAUACAUUAUCAUAUCCAACAAGCAUCACUGUGCUGGAAAACAUAUCUGAUGCUACCAUUACAAUCACUGGUGACAAAGUAAUAGCAGGGAAAAGUUCUGUGAGCUUAACCUGUGAGGUCAAGGGAUCCAUCACCACCAGGAAGUGGAUGAAGAAUGGAGGAACUCUGUCUCCAGAACCAGACAGAGUCACCAUCAGUGAAGACAACAGAACAGUGUCCAUCAGCCCAGUACAGAUAGAAGACACGGGACAGUAUAAGUGCAAAGUCAGCAACUCAUUCGGUUCUAUAGAGGUCUCAAAACUACUGAUUGUUAACUAUGGACCAGAGGAAGUUCACAUUAUGGGAGAAAGACACAUAGAGGUGGGAAAACAGAUCCACCUGACCUGUUCUGCUGAAUCUAUUCCUGGCUGUAUCUACUUGUGGACAUUCAAUGGGACAAACACAGUAGGAACAGGAGGCUCAUACAUACAAGAGAAUAGCACCUACAAAGACAGUGGAACCUACACCUGCACUGCUAUAAACAGUGUCACCGAAGGAUUAAACAAAGCAGAUUUUGAACUAUCUGUUAAAGCACCUAGUCCUGCCGGACUGUCCGUUGGAGCCAUAGUUGGAAUAGUACUAGCUGUUAUAAUUAUCAUCGUUGCAGCUGGGAUUGGAAUAUUCAUCUUUGUAGGGAAGAAAAAAGGGAAAAACAAAUCUACACAAAGAGUGUCACCCCCUUCUACAAAGUUUACACUAAAUGGAUGUGGCAAAGGACGGUAA